CAGCGGAGGAUUCAAACUGAACAUGGCUGCGGGGAAAGAUGUUAAUGAAAAUACGAGAAAUAAAAGAGGAACAGUGUGCAGCAUGGUGAUCGAUCAUGACAAAUCUCCGAGAGGCUCUCACACGGGUCGACCACCAGUCAUCUUCAAUCCAGACUUUUUUGUGGAGAAACUCCGCCAUGAGUGCCCAGACAUUUUUUUGGAGCUGGUGCUGAGUAACAUUACUCGCCUUAUUGAUCUUCCUGGGACUGAGUUUGCUCAGCUCCUUGGCGAGGAGAGCCCCAAGACCCCCACUAGUGGAAACGGAGGCUUCUUUCGUUCUUUUAACUUCCUUAAACGCAAAGAUAAAGGUGUCAUGUUUGGAACCCCACUGACAGAAAGCUGCCUUGCUCAGAUCUACCAGCUCAUUGAGUACCUCAGCAAAAAUCUACAUGUGGAAGGUCUGUUUCGGGUGCCGGGGAACAGCGUGCGGCUGCAGGCCCUGAGGGAGUUGCUCAACAGUGGGGUUGAUGUCGACCUGGAGUCGGGAGACUUUCACCCUAAUGACGUUGCCACGCUCCUCAAGACCUUCCUGGGAGAACUGCCUGAGCCUCUGCUCACACACAGACACUUCAAUGCACACCUGAAGAUAUCUGAUUUGACUCUGUUUGACGAGCAAGGCAACAAGACCGCCAUUCCCAACAAGGAGCGUCAAAUUGAGGCCCUGCAGCUUCUUCUCCUGCUGUUACCCCAGGCCAAUCGCUCACUGCUCAAGCUGCUGCUGGACCUGCUCUACCACACCGCCAAGCAGCAGGACAAGAACAAGAUGUCCGCCUUCAACCUGGCCCUCAUGUUUGCACCGCAUGUCCUGUGGCCCAGACACAUGACAGCUGGUGACUUAAAAGACAAUCUGAAGAAACUAAAUAACAGCAUGGCAUUCCUCAUCAAACACUCACAGAAACUCUUCAGGGCUCCAGUCUACCUGCGGGAAUAUGCUAGAAUGCACUUCAGUGGGACCAAGGCUCUGCAGACCAAGGAUGAUCUGGACUUGUUGGCGUUGAGCAGCUCGCCUGUUCAGCGGACCGUGUUGUCCCUGAAGAGGACGGCUGCGCUGGGCCCCAGCUCUCAGGAGUCAUGCCAGUCACCAGCUCAGCAGUACACAGAGGAGGCCCUGAAAGAGCUCUUCAGACAUGUCAACCACAACAUGCCUGACUCUGCCAAGAAAAAGAAACUUGUCCGACAGCUUGUUAAACACACAGCCUCAGGAACACCAAACAGUGAGCACCACCAGGGACCACCAGCUCCCAGCAAGAAACGUCCUCGUUCACGCUCCUUUGGUGGCCUCAUCAAGCGCAAAGCUCGUGGUGAUCAGCUGACGGCAGAGCGGCGGGUCAGACACAUUUCUCCCGAUGUCGUGAGCAGGGCAGGAAGAAAAGCUGGCAAAGAGAAUGUCGUCCUCCAAGGGGUGAGCAGCCCAUUAAGUGGUCCUGUGUUGGGGAAGAUGGGACUCGUGGUGAAAAACCCAGACUUCACUUUCUCUGAGAAAAAAACUCUAAAGGUGUCCAAGCAGGCGUCUCCUUCUGUCCCCAGGAUGUGUUUCUCUCCCGUCCAGGGAAUCUCUGUGUGAAAACUUGAUACCACUUCCUCGUCUUUCUCCGGGUUUGGGCAGCAUUAAUAUGAUUAACUCUCAUCUUCUGUCCGUGUGCUUUUUUAAUUUUAGUACGUCAAUUAUAACUGUGAAUAAUAAUGAUACAGCUAUUUUAUUCUUAGCCAGAGGAGACAAACCAAAGUCAGGAACUCUGAAUGUGUUCACACACUGGUCUCAACAGUAAUCAGUGUGGUCCACUCCUGUUAUUUUAGAUCUCAAGAUGAUUUUCAAUAACAAAGCAAUGUGUUAAGAUUUCUUGCCAUGUGCGUGUUUUUUCAUGCUUCCGACUGAUUUUAAGGAAGGUAUCAGUGUUUAAUCAGCUGCUCUUUAAAUUGACACAGGGUUCAGUUGCCAUUGAGUGUAUUUUGUACUGUUUUUAGAAUCAGAGAAGAGGUUACAGUACUUUUGGAGUACUGAGAGAUUCUAAGGCUAAAAAGAAAUAUCCUAUUCAUUUGCUAUUAAUCUGAUGACCUAGUUGAUCGGGUUUUGAAACAUACACAAACCUGUUCACCAUAUGUUUAUUAAGACACCAUUUAAAAAAAACUACAUGUUUAACACUAGAAUACAAUAUCUUCGUUGCACAUGUAUAAUCUAAUCUUGGUUAGUUAUCAUUCAGUCUUCUGCUUUGGUUUGGCUUCACUGGCUCAGAGCAGCUUGACUUGACACUUUAGAGUCUGUGACAUACAGUCUGCUCUGUUGGUAGAAUAUGUAAAUAUGUACUGUGUUUGUUUGCAUGUUUUUUUAAGGGUUUAUUCUUAUUGGGAUAUGUCUUUAGUAACUGGUACACACCUUUGGGGAAACUUUCUUUAUCAGGUUUACUUUUAAAUUGUUAUUUUUUUAUUAUUAUAAUUUUAAAUUUUUAAUGCCUUUUGAGGCGCUGUACAUGAUGAAACCACUUACUGGGAAUUGUGUCUGUGAAUCUGUUAAAUAUGAAUUGUUACGUUACGUUCCCAGAACAUCUCAAACGAUAUUUACUUUUUUCUUAACUGCACCUGGUGGUGGAGGGGUAAUGAGUCUUCAUUUUAGCAAAAGGGGGUUGAGAGGUUUGUUAUGCUGAAGGUUUAAAUGAAAGUUGAAAGAGGAAGGAAGAAAAAAAGCAGUUCUCUCUUCUUAACAUCUGUGUGUGUG